AUGCUCAUCGCCAUCUUGGAGAACUCCUACGAAGAGGAGACGUCGUCUGUGGUGACGCAGGUGUCAGACCUGGUCCUGGUUUCGGGGCUCUCACCCAAGACCUUCCAACCAGUCAGCCUGGUGACUGCUCAGAGAGUGACGGUGGCACUGCCAGGCCCCUGCAGAGCAGCAGCGCCACCUCCGGCCCCUUCCCUCCUGCCAGCGUGUGGCCGUCGGCUUAUGAAGAUCGUGGGCGGCAGCCCCGCGGCGGCCAAGAAGUGGCCCUGGCAGGUGAGCCUGCAGGUCAACGACCAGCACAUCUGCGGAGGCUCCCUCAUCGCCCACCGCUGGGUGCUGACGGCGGCUCACUGCAUAUACGGCCACUUGGAAUACAAAGUGAAAAUAGGAUACACAAGCCUGAGUCAACAACACACAAUGGCGGUCGUGGUCCCGGUCCGAGACAUCAUUGUCCAUCAGUAUUACCAGAGUAUCGGAAUGAUCCAAAAUGACAUUGCCCUUGCUCUGCUCGACGUUCCUGUGAAUUACUCUGCAUACAUCCAGCCCGUGUGCCUCCCUGAAAAGACUUUCAUGGUGGAAGAUGAUACCAAGUGCUGGGUGACUGGAUGGGGCAAACUGAAAGAAGACGAUCCACCAAAAAAGGCACCAGUUGAUCUGCAGGAGGUUGAGCUAAGCAUUAUCCGCUUUAAGGAAUGCAAUGAGAUUCUCAAAAAAAAGCUGUCGAGCAUUACUGACAUGGUACAGAAAGGAGUGGUCUGUGGCUAUAAUCCCCAAGGAAAGGAUUCCUGCCAGGGCGAUUCUGGAGGGCCCCUGGUCUGUGAAUUUAACAAAACCUGGAUCCAGGUGGGGAUUGUGAGCUGGGGCAUCGGCUGUGGUCGCAAAGGAUACCCUGGAGUUUACACAGAAAUUAGUUUCUACAAGGAGUGGCUCAUUAGACGACUGAGUCGAGCUUCCAGUCUGGACCCAUCAGGCUUCCUCAUCCUACUCCCAUGUCUGCUGCUGCCCCCGGGCAUCCUGGGCACCCCGUGAUCACCCCGGCCCACACCCUUCCCAUUUCUGAGUCUCACACUUGGGCCUCUCCUCCAGCCACUUCCCCUUCCUCCUCAACUGUCCUGUCCUCAAAUCCCAGUUGGACCUGUUGCAGAGCCACACAGUAGAGCAUGGCGGGGAACUGGGGCCUGGAGUGUCCCGGCCCGGUGUGCUGCUCACCUCCCUCCUGGGCUGUGCUCUGCCUGGGUGGAGGAGGGGGAGCCGAGUCCCGCUGGAGGGCCGCUGACCUGAGGUGAGCAUGCUCAUCGCCAUCUUGGAGAACUCCUACGAAGAGGAGACGUCAUCCGUGGUGACGCAGGUGUCAGACCUGGUCCUGGUUUCAGGGCUCUCACCCAAGACCUUCCAACCAGUCAGCCUGGUGACUGCUCAGAGAGUGACGGUGGCACUGCCAGGCCCCUGCAGAGGUGCGAGGCCCAGGACUUACACCUCUGCCUAGUUGUCUGGGGCUGGGAGACGUACCCCUGUGCCCCUGUGUGGAUCCGUGUGUGAGUGGACAGCCUCUGCCACACUCGCCCUCCUGGGGCACCCUAAUCUUGGCCCCCCUUCCUCAGUGCCCUAGUGGCCACAUCCAGGCACACCCUACGUUGUGUUGAGGUGGUUACGGAGUGCAGAGAUUUCCAACGUCAACUGAAUAAACGUUUGGAGAGUCCCCUGUGU